ACACCUUUGGAGAGCGAUAUAUGCCUAUGAUUGUUCAGUUCUUACUAGUCAUAACCUUUAUUACAGUAAUUUCAAUACCAUGUAUAUUGUGACAUUAGGGAUAUCCAGGUAAGUAUGGGAUUUUAAUGUACACAGCUGUUCCACCAUAGGGCCUAACUAAUCCAUUACUAGAGUUAAGAUUAUCAUUUCGAAAGAUAUUGUAACCAUUUAUGUCAUAAAUGUCAUUAGGAUCUUGAGAACUAAAUCUUGUUUCUGCAAAAAUGUUUAUAUCAGAACUGGAAUAAUUAAGAUCUUUACGCAAGUCUUGGAUGUGUUUAUGAACAGAUCUUACAUUCAGAUAACACAGUUUGAGACGGGAACCUGUUAUGUGAUAAAGUGGUGAUAUACAAAGCUUAAGUUUGCAACUGUUCUUAAUCGCUCCAUUUCUAUCUUAACAUCAGGAUGGACAGCAAUUUUGUCUUCACAGGGGUCAGUUAGAUAUAUCCCCACAAAAGUAGUAACUCUACUCAGUCCCAGUAAGUACUCAGUAAGUCACCCGUGUUCGUGUAACUGCGUGUAAUAUUAUCAAGUCGCACCAAGACGAGUGUCUCGAACAGAGGAGAAGACAAAACACCACGACUUUUUACGCCAAGUGAGUCUACUACUUAAGUAAACGUUCCGUUUUAAGAAAGAAAUUGCAAGCCGAGAAGUUAGCCCUUGAACUAAAAAUAGCCGUGCAGUCGUUCGAAAAUGAGAUCGAAUGUCUGCGAGCCGAACAACAACAGCGUCCAAAGCUUUUGGAACUUCAAAAGAAAGCUGAAGAAUCAAGAUUGGAGUAUGAGUUCGUCCAGGAAGAAGGUAAGUCGAAAACACUGUUGUUGAAAAACCCUAAGUUAAAUCCACUAAACCAGAGGUCGUAACAGAGGUUUCUAGUCAACCCUGUAAAAAGGAGACAUGUGAGUCAUCUAUUGCUAAAGGUCAAGCUGAGUUGAAAACCUCUGCCACAGGAAACCCUAGCGUGCACCUUCGACGUAACCCUUCGACGUCUGUUAGCGUGCAGACGUCGAAGACAGAUCAGUUGUUUGAGAGAAUGCUGCCAGCCUUUGUGAAAAUCGUUAAACUAAAUGUGCAGAAAUUUUAUGGAAAUCCACUAGAAUACUAAAAAUUCAAAGCAGCGUUUAAUGUUGAACUAGAUAAAAGGGAAGUUUACGAUGCAACAGAGAAGCUUAAAUUUCUGCUAGAUUCUGUAGAUGGAAGUGCAAAAUCAUGUCUAGCGAAAUUCAUGCCAGGUUCAGACAAAUACGAGGAGGCAUGGACUGCGCUUCAGGAGCGUUUUGGCCGUGUAGACACAGUUUCGUUAGCUGGAAAGAAGGGCAUAGAUCAGUUUCCGACCAUAGUGAAAGAAAAUGGUACGCAGAUCAGACAGUAUCAAGAAAUAGUUUCUGAGCUAAUAGGCAUUUUCAAGGAGCACGACUUCCUUCGUGAGCUUAACUCGCAACUCCCUGAAGCAACUGUUGUUAAACUUCCUGCACGCCUUUGCGGUAGAUGGGCCGAGUUUGUUGAAGGAAAACCAAAGUGUCAACCUGGGAUUCAUUUGCCAAUUGGCUGGAAAAAGAGGCAAAAAUCAGUGAGUCCAAGCAGUGGUGGAUGCCAGAGAAGAGGGAGUGGAAGCGUUCAGAUACAUCAAAAGUUGAUAGGCGUAAGUUAGCUGACAAAUCACAAUCUGGGCUGUUUGUAGGAGCCACAGGAGAAUCUUAACGCACCAGCCAUGGAAAAGAGAGGUGCCCAAUUCACCAGUCCACUAAUAACACUUUGCAGGAGUGCAAAAGUUUUAGGGGAAUGUUGAUUAGCAAAAAGGUGAAAGUUGUUGAGGAACACAAACUAUGCUUAUGUUGUCUAUUACCUGGUCAUCGUCUGAGUGAGUUGAGAACUGUGACAUGCGUCAUCAUACCCUCGCACAUGAAGUCGACUUGAAAUUUAUUGAACGGGAAAAAGCGAAACGUGAAUCAGAACGAGUGCCAGAUGUUGAGAGAGAUCCAGCACAAGUCUCCUUGGAAGGUGAAGACUCGUCACCACGUCAGGCUGUGGAGCCCCACGAGGGGUAUCGCCAAUCAGCGUACGUAGGUUGUGAAGCUGGUGGUCGUGCUUUAGUUGAAGUACUUCCUAUAGUUGUCUCCGGAGAAAAAGGAAAAAAACAAGUGAUGGCCUUGCGUGACUUAGGCUGUAACACAACACUUAUAGAUGAAAGUUUAGUGCUCUCACUUGGACUUCAAGGCUGUAGAUGUAGAUCUCGAAAUUCAAGGAGUAAAUGUGCGGAAGGUGUUUACUUCCCAGCACAUCAAGACAUGUCGUGUCGGACGAGUCGGAAGAGAGGAAGUCCAGUACUCCUUGCGAGAUGUGAAAACAAUUCCUAGCCUGAAUGGUCCGGAUCAGAAGUUGAAGUGGUCAAUAAUCAAGCAAGAGUAUCAGCACCUGAAGAACUUGGACUUAAGUGACACCGACACAGGUCCAGUGCAACUCAUAAUUAGAACUAACAACUCUGACUUGAUUCUACCAAAACAAAUUAUGAAACCCUCUGGUCAACCGGAAGUUUACAGAGUACCUUAUGCAGUUGAGACCCUACUUGGAUGGGCGGUGAAUAACUGGUUACCUGGUGAGCGAAGAGUACCAUCUCCGUACAAUGGGUUCAAGGUGUAUAAAAGAAGUUCAGUUGAAGAUGAGGUGCUGAAGCAGCUGGUCGUGGCUCAGUCAAAGAUAGAAACGUUAGGUGUGGUGAAGCUAGCAGAUCCAGCCCGUUCAAUUGAGGACAAGCGAGCAUUGUCACUAAUGGAAAAGACGACCUUUAAGAAUGCGAGUGAAGAUGCGUGUGUCAGACCUACUUUGGAGAGAACAGGAACCAUCUGUACCCAACAAUUACGAAAUGGCAAAGAAGAGGCUGCAAUCGCUAGAGAAGAAGCUUGAGAGCUGCCCCGAGGUCAGAGAGAGAUAUGCAAAGUCAAUCCAGAAUGACAUUGAGAAAGGCUAUGUGAAGAAACUUAGUGAAGAGGAAGUACAGUGCAAUAGUAAAGUGACUUGGUACUUACCACACAGAUUUGUCAUUAACCCCAAGAAACCUGAUCGUCUCAGAAGAGUAUAAAAUGCAUCAACAAAAUUCAUGGGACAAAGUUUGAACCAUAAGAUCUACACAGGGCCAGAUCUUCUCUCCCCUCUGUUUGGAGUCUUCCUCAGGUUUGGCGAAGGAAGAAUUGCAAUGGCUGCUGAUGUGAAAGAAAUGUACCAUAUGCUUCGCCUCCCUGACCAUGACAAGCCGGCGAUAAGAUUCUUAUGGAGGAACUCUCUGAGAGAAGAACCGAGUGUGUAUCAGUUCGAGAGAACAGUGUUUAGAGAAGUGUCUGCACCAUCCAGAGUGAACUAUACUAUGAGGCGAAAUGCUGAUGGGAACGGGGAAGAUUUACCUCUGGGUGUGAAAGCAGUCUACAAGCACGUUUACAUGGAUGAUGGCCUACCAUCAACGGAUUCUCGUGAGGAAGCUAUUGAAAUGCGGAAGCAGAUGACUGAGUUGUUGCGCCGUGGAGGUUUCCACCUACACAAGUGGCUGAUAAAUGACCCAGACGUCUUGGCGACCAUCCCGGAGCAAGAUAGAUCUCCACGAUUCCUCGAGCUGGGUGAAGACAAGUUGCCAACGGACAGAACUUUGGGCGUCAUUUGUGAUGCCCAGGAGGAUAUGCUCCGGUUUACCGGACUGCAGGGUGAUCCGGGUACGACAAAGAGGAAAAUCUUGAGCCAAGCAUUCUCUGUUUGGGAUCCACGAGGACUCCUCCUCCCAAUCACUAUCAGGAGUAAGAUCAUCCUACAGAGUCUGAAUCGUAUGAAGUACGGAUGGGAUGAUGAGUUGAAAGAAGUUGAUGUUCAAGAGUGGCGUGAAUGGCACAGGGAAGCAGAGACGCUUGACGAAGUGAGAAUUCCAAGAACUUUAUUUCAAGAACAGAAACCUAUCCGAGAAACAGCACUUCAUGUAUUUUCGCCAGACAGUAAAACCUCAAGAGCAGCGAAUGGGAAGUCUACCAGAGUGCAGACUUGAGCCAGGAAUGGUGUUCAGGAACACUGGAGUUGACUUUUUUGGGUCUAUGUUAGUUAAGGAAAGACGCAAUGAGAUUAAAAUGUAUGAUUGUUUGUUCACUUGCAUGAGUACUAGAGCGUGCCACCUCGAACUUGUGGAUGAUCUUUCAACAGAUCAUUUCAUUAUGGCAUUGAAGAGAUUCAUUGCGUGACGUGGACGACCGCAGAGCAUUCUCAGUGAUAAUGGAACAAACUUGGUCGGUGCAAGUAAGGAAAUGCAUUAAAUUAUUGGAUGAAGAAAGGAAACAAAACUUCUGUGCGCCUAAGGAAAUUGAGUGGAAAUUUCAGCCACCAAGCGCCCCGCACUUUGGAGGAGCGUGGAAGAGACUAGUGCAGUGCACAAAGAAGACACUGAAGGCAAUUCUGGCACACAGGAUGGUUUUUAAAGAAGUGCUGAAGUUAGUGAUAGUGAGAUCAACUCGACAAAGAUGUGGCGACGGUCCCAAGCGCUAGCUAAUUUCUUUUGGAGACGUUUUACCAAGGAAUACCUUCCUAGCCUGACAGAGAGGAAGAGGUGGAAAGAAAAGAAACAGAACUUCAAAGUAGGAGAUGUUGUCCUAAUUGCUGAGCCAAAUCAACCGCGAGGUGUAUGGCCGUUGGGCCGUUGUCUACUCAUCCUGGGCAAGAUGGGUUAGUUCGAGUGGUUACGGUGCGUACUCAGCACGGAGAGUACAAGAGACCGAUUGCUAAACUUUGUUUAUUAGAGGAAGCGGAAGUGUAGAACUGUUAAUCGUCUCGACGAACGUUGUGUCUCAACUAGGGGCGGGGAUGUCCUUCCCGCUUCCUGUACAUUUAUUCAUUUAUUUAUUUAUUUUUUGUGUUGUUAUGUGAAUUGAAUCGGAUGGCAAGAUAGUAGUUUUGUUCAGUAAUGCCGAGAUUAGUCAGUAAUUGAUCAAAUGAUA